GUUAUCUCUUAAUUUAUAUACAUACCUUUCUUAUCACCAAGGUUCACAAAUUCAAUUUUCCUCUUCUUCUUCCUCCUCGGCUCCUCUUUUCAGAUUCCCGCUUCUCGUUGCGAUCGACGAAUACCUAAAUCUCUUUUCUUAGCUGCUUCUGUCUCCAUCUCUCUAUUCUUUAAUUUCUAGGUUAAAAUCUUUUUUAUUCGGUGAAGUAUAUUGUGAAUGGUGGAGCCUAAUCCGAUCUGCGAUAACUCUAGGCUCUCCCUUUCAAUCCAAAGGGCUAGCUUCUUCGUCCCUCUGUCUUCAGAAUCUGUUUUCGCGUUCGGAUCUUGCAAAGAAGGCUGGUACUACCGUUGCCUUGGCAUCGACCCGUGAAAUUCCCCUUCCCGUUUGACAUCUAUAUAUUUUUCUAGCGAUUUUUUUAUAAUUACUUUAGAAAGAUGUUGUUGUACAAGCUUAAGAAAAGAGAGGUGGUUAAGGGAAACAGAAUCUUGAUCAGCGUUACGUUUCUUGGUAGCCCCGGUCCGAUCCGGUUUGUGGCUAACGAAGGAGAUCUGGUUGCUGCUGUGAUCGACACUGCUCUUAAAUGUUAUGCUCGAGAAGGUCGGCUUCCCAUUCUCGGAUCCGACUUCAACGAUUUUAUUUUCUAUUGUCCCAUGGUUGGACCUGAUGCUCUGAGUCCAUGGGAAGCAAUUGGGUCGUUGGGAGCGAGGAACUUCAUGCUGUGUGAGAAGUCAGAGGAGGAUAAGAAGAAGGUGGAGGAAGACAGUGGAAGAUCGAGUUUUCCCAUUAAUGGAGCUAGAAAAGGAAGCUUUAGGGCUUGGAUUAACAAAUCUUUCAGUCUUAAAGUCAAUGUAAUUAGAUUUUAUCGUCUAAUGUUACCUUGAAUGCUCAAGAUUAUUGGUUUUGUGUGUUUUUGUUCUAUGCUUUCACGUUUUGAAAGAAUGAUUUGUUUCUUGUAUUGAAAGUUUGAAACAUUUGUCUUUUGAAUUCUCGUCUUGAACUUUUGAUUUGUUUCUUGCAUAUAUAUGCCUACGUACACCCUUUCAAGUUCUUUCUUUUGAGUUUCUGCAAAAUUAGUUUUUAUUUAUCGAAAAUGUGAAGAAAGCAAAAAUUAAUAUCACUUCGAUUUAGG